AUGAAUUUAUAUUUUAGUUCAGUAGCUAGUCAACAACCGGGACAUUCAUCAUUAUCUAAAAUGAAUACAAAUACAAAACAUACUAAUAAUCAAAUGAAUAAUCCAACACAUUCAUGUAAACAACAUGUAACAUUGUCAAAUGCUUUAGAUUUAUUUACUGGAAAUAAUACAACAAGUGGAAUUGGAGGAGGAAUUGGUAAUAGAAAUAGUUUUAGUGUUCCUGGAAAUAAUCAUAUAAGAAAAUUAGAAGAGACAACACCAGUUAAUAUUGUAUUAAGACGUGCAUCUAAUGAUUCACCAUGGGGUUUUCGUGUUCAAGGUGGUAGUGAUUAUCACUUACAACUUACAAUAUGUAAAACACAAUCUGGUAGUCCAUCAGAGGGUAUAUUACAAAGUGGUGAUGAGAUUUUAUCAAUUAAUGGAGAAAAUGCACGAAUUUUAAGUCAUGAAGAAGCAACACAAAAAAUUCGUUCUGCUGGUACUGAUCUACAAUUAACUGUAGCAAGAAGACAAACAUGUGAUCUAAGUGAUAUUCGACCUAAAGGAUUACUGAAAUUCAUAGCUCCACAGAACAACAGACGUUAA